AUGCCACCCAAGGGCAAGAAAAGCCAGACCCGGCUUACCUUCGAGCCUGUUGCGCCAGGGAGCUCUCCCCAUUCUGGUAGCUACUCGCCUGCGAAGGUGCGCUUUACCGGCGCGGCAAGCAGCAGCCCGAGCCGCUCAUCACCCAUGGCACCGCCAUCUUCGAAGCGGUCCGCCCGCUCCUCAAGACGCACAAAGCCAACCCAGAGCAGACUAGACCUUUCUUCUGGACCACCUCCGGCCAGCUUUAUGCCAAGGAUCCACGGAAGUACACAACGUAGCGCAGGGUCCGACUCCUCGGAUGAAUCUGCUGCGGAGAUCGGCGAUGCAGGUCACGAUGAGGAAGAUGUCGACGACCUUCCUCCUAUGCAAGAGGCUCUUAAGUCACGCACCCAGAGCGGCUCUGAUGACAAAGUCUUUACUAAGCCUGCGGCCACAAAGGAGAACGGCAAACUCCCUCGAUCAUCCCAAUCUGUCUCUACGAGACUCCAAAGAACCAUCAUCGAUGACGAUGACGACGAUGAAGAGGACGAUGAUGUAGGCCCCAUUGCGCCAAGCUCAUCGCUCAAACGACGACGCCCUAUUGUCAUUGACUUAGAUGAUUCAGACGACGAUGCACCCUUAGCUCCACCGAGUUCCGCUAUGCGACGUUCACGUCCGGCUAUCGUUGUGCUGGAUGAUUCGAACAGCUCUGACGACUCCGACGCGCGUGCUGCAUCUCCAGCAAAGAGAAGAAAGAUUUCCCAUCAACCAUCAUCAACCCCAGAUCGUCUAAGUCAAAAUCGGAAUCCGAAGUCCACACCAGGCAGACUCAGACGACCACAACCAAGUUCUCCUACCAAGAAAAGCGCGCACAAGGGCCAUCGCUCACAGAAGCAAAAGACGAUGGAACUUCUUCGACGCCGUCGAGCUGGCGAGAAGAUCAGUAAGCUUACUUCUUCCGAAUCCUCUUCGGAUAACGAUGAUAAGCGAGGAAUUUACGAUACCGACUCAGAGGACGGUUUUGAAGCUCUGAAGGAGUUCGACGACGAUGAGGAGGACGAGCCUGAAGAAGAAGCCACAACACCUCCGCGAUCCGCAAAGGGCAAGACCACCUCACAAAAGGCACGCAAAAAGCCUACUGGAAGUGGGGACGAUGAGAGUGAAGGCGAUCUCGACGAUUUCGUCACCGAUGACGAUGACGGUCCGAUUGGUGCCCCUGCUCAUCUAGAUAUUCCUCUGGAAUUCACAGCGCAAGCCCAUAAACCACUCAAAGAACAAUUCCCGCACGUCAUUGAGUGGCUAGUUCACAACAAGAUAAACCCAGCCUUUGAACGAAAAGACGCAGUGUAUUCGAACGCGUGGCGCAAGCUUGACGACGAGGUUCACGGGCUUGCGAGCUCCAAAUUCACCUCGGCGGCAUGGAAGGCCGAAUUUUACCGUGCCCUGAAAGGCAGACCCAAAUUGGAAGCAUACGAGAUGAGCUCAGGUGAUCGUAGCCGCGCUCUUGAGACGUGCGAGGCUUGCGGCCGAAGCGGACACCCCGCAACAUGGAAGAUAGAGUUCCAGGGAAGCCCUUACUACAAGGACACUCUCGCCGAGGUCGAGUCCGAAUCCGACUCGGACAGCGAUGGGGACAGCGACAAUGACUCUGUUGACACGCAAGGCAUGACGCUGCUACCGACGAGCAAGGAGUGGUUCGUCGGCGUAGUCUGCUGCAGCAAUGCCGAGACGGCACACAGCCUCAUUCACUGGAAGCAUGCCCUCAAGGAAUGGGUCGAGGAGAAGCUCGAGGACGAAGGCUGGAUGUCGGCUCAGAAGCUCAAGGAGCGCGAGAAGAUGAAGGCCAAGAAGCGCAGCAAGCUCGCCAACCGCAUCGUGGACGACUGGCGUGAGAGACGUAUCGUCACGGCGCUCUACGGCGACUUCAAGAAAAACCUCGACGAGGCGCGCAACAAGGCGACUACAGGUCGUGGACUCCGAGGCAAAUAUCGUUAG